AGAAGUGACAGAUGCUCCGAGCUUCGAAGUGCGAACUUGUUAGUGAAUCGCGUAUCUACUUGACAUAACCAUCCCGUGUGAUGUUCUGAAUCCUUCCAGUCUGCCUCAUCACUCAUCAUUCGGUCCAGUAUAUUUCUACAGCAUCCGACUAUCAUGGCAGCCAACGCACUUGAAGAAAAAAUCAACAAGAUAAGACAACAGAAUGAAGAGAUUAGAAGAAGACAUGAGGAAGUGGAAGAAGAUAAAAAAAAUGCAGCGAAACUGAAUGCAUUGGUACAAAUGGUACCAUCUACAGACUGGCCUGAAAGGAAAGAGCCACCAGAAUUUUCUAAUCCACCUAAAACAAAUAAUAAACCAAAACCUACUAAAGAGCAUCACGAACAUCCUCAGCAACAUCAUUCUGCGAGUGGUGAAGGAAGGAAAGUUCAUACUUUUGCUCAGGGACAAGGGCCUCCACCUGAUCCCAAAUAUAAUUUCCUUGCCGAUGCUGAGAGAGAAGAAGGCAAUAUGGAAAAUACAAAGGAUAAUUUGCCAAAUAAAGGGCAGAAACAUUCAAAAGGCAAUUUUAAGAGGAAAUCUGGAGGAAAGGAUGGAAUGCAAAAGCAGGAUUAUAGAGUGACCAGAAGUCAUCGCAGAGAUGAGCAUCAGCCAGAAUACGAAGCUUGGAGAGCAGAGAGAAAUCGUAUCGAUGAAGAUCGUAUUAGCAGACAAAGGACAGCUGAGGGUAAUUGGCGUAGAGAAUGGGAUAAUGACAAGGCACAUAUUGUAAAUGAGGUGACGAGAUCUGAGACUAAAUUAGGAGAUUAUGUAAAGAAGGAUUAUAAAGAUUUUGAUAGAAGACAUUAUGUUAAUGGAAAUGAUUAUGCAAGCCAUAAUCGUAGUGGUUAUCGUUCCUAUAGAGGAAAUUCGAGGCAUUUUCAUAAUAAUUAUGAAAAUCGUUUCAAUAACGCACAUCAUCAAGAAGGACACAUUAAAAAUUCUUUAUCGUCCAAUUCCGACGAAAGAACUGUUGUCGCCACCGACAAAAGCAUAAAAGUCACAUUGAAUCAAGGGAAAGGUCCAGUCAUGAGUGUCAAAGUAAACUCACUAAGUAUUGCUGGAACAGGUCGAGUAGGACCACGACAGAGAAAUCGCGUAACAUAUAGCAGUCACUCAGACGUUGAAGUGGUUUCUCCUGAUACUGAAUCCUUUUCACAUCCAAAAUCCUAUGAUGAUAAGGCCAAAGGUAAUUAUCACGAUAAUUCGCAAAAAUUCUCUAAUUCGCGAAAAUCGCAGCCUCCAAAAAAGAAGGACUUUAGCAAUAAAUCUCCUUACUUUCGUAAGAAAGAAAUCAGAAGAGAAAAUGCUAAUGAAAAUUCACAGAAACAUCAUGAAAUAGAAUCGCCGCAAAAAGAACAUCAAAAAUCACAGAAAUUUAAUCAAUUUAAGUUCCAAAAGCCUGAAGACAAUAUUGUAAUGCCCUUACAAAAUGAUGAAGUUGUGAACAAAAAAGAAAAUAUAAUUUCUUCUGAUGAAUUUAAUGCAAGUACAGAAGUAAAAAGUAAAGAUAAUCAAAUUGACAGUUUAAAUUCAUGUAUAGAAAAAAGUGAAGAAGGUGCGUUUGCAAUUGAAGAAGGUGCGUUUAUUUUACAAGAUUCAGACCUUCCUAUGUCCAAAGACGAAAUUGAAACAUGUAAAAUAAGCGAAGAAGUGGAAAACAAAUUGGACGAGUCUCAAAUUAUUCAAACAGAUACAAUGUCCGAGUACGAAACUACUAACACAGAUUUAAAUGUAUCAUUAGUGAAAGAUAUAAAUGAUAAUGAUAGAGAUAAGAUUAAAUCUGUGGGAAAUGUGUCAUGUGAUGCUAAUAAUGAUAUUGAUAAAACUAUAUUGGAAAAUAAAGAGCAUAAUUCAUCAAUGGAGAAAAUUGAAGAAAUCUUAAGUAAUAACUGUGAUAGUAAGCAAACUGAAGAUUUAAAUGAGCAAGAAAAUGAUUUUAAGCUCAAUAUAGAAAGUUCUGCAGAGGAGAAAGUGGAGACAAACAAUCUUAUAAUUACAUCUUCAACUGAUGUAUCUUCUUCAACGGAACAAAAUAAUAAGAUAGAUAGCAAUGAUAAAAGCUUAAAAGAAAAAAAAACUGCAGCUGUAGAAGAUAAAGUUACAGUUGUAGAUGACAAGAUUAAUGCCAGCAAUAAACAAGAUGUAAUAAAAUGUACUAAUAAAACUGAAGAAUGCAAAGAUGAGAACAAUGAUAACGAAAACAAUGUUGCAAAUAGCAUUGCAGUUGAUAAGGUAGAAUCUCAAGAGGAAAUUCACGAAUAUAAAAAGUAAAAGCAACUUUAAGCAAAGUGGUUGAAACUGAAGAGUAAUAUAAAAAAAGAGAUGCAAAAAUAAAAUGUAAAAAACGUUACAGAUAUAAGUUACCUAUAACAUGUGAUAAGAGACGAAGCUUUUAUAAAUAUUUGUUGAAAUGCGCGUAUAUAUAUUUCUCAAAAGUCAAGAUGGCAAUACAGACAAGUUGAGAAUAUUGAAUUGUUUAAAUAUAGUUUGCAACAAAUUCUUAUUUUUGGAACAAGCAUUCGAAAGCGAAUGAUUUUAACUCCAACUAAGUGAUAAUAUAUCGCAAUUUUUUAAUUUCAGAAUUUUAUACUCUGUUAUAUUAUCUGUUUAAUUUUAUUUUUAAUUUUUCUUUCGAGAGAUCGCUGCUAGAAUUUAGUAGUAUGACACAUUCUCGAGUAUGUAUGUAUGUUGAUAUAUAUAAUACAUUUAUAUAUAUAACACACACAUAUAUAUAUAUAUAUAUAUAUAUAUGUAUAUGAACAAUUUCACGUUAAUAGAAGUGUAGCACUUUUGUAAUGAAGAAGUAUAACAGAAUAAUAAUUACUAUAUGCAACAUCUCCGAGUUUUUACAUUGUAACGAAAGAAAAUUUAUUCUUUCCCUGUUCAUGUGACAAUCAAAGAAUAUUUUUAUAAUUGGCAUAAGAGCAAUAAAAAAACGGGAUGUUUUAUAUUAACGAAAGCUGUGAGAUUAACAGACAUUCUAACUAGAUAUAACAGUCAAUAAUUAUAUGAUACGAUAAUCUAGCAAAAAUAACUGUUAUCGAUUGAUGUGUUAUUUGAGUUUAUAAUUAGAUAUUUAUUUAUAUAUACAUCUUUCAUUAUCUAAUUUUAUUUAUGUUUUUGUUUUUUUCUCAUGCUUUUAUGAUUCGUUGAUUUUUAAAUGAUUUUUGGAGGCUCACAAGCAACUGAAAUCAUUGUUUAAUUGAUAAAGUUAAAUUUCCUUAAAAGAGUAAAAUCAUAUAAAUUAUACGCAUACAUUUAAUUAUUAAUUUUUUAUACUUUAUAUAUAUAUAUAUAUAUAUUCUAGGAAUACUAGAUUUAUAAACUAGUAAUCGAGAUUCGUCGAAAAUGACGAUAAUGUAUAGAUAAAAGUUUCUUUUUCAAAAACAUUUCUCUCAAAGCUAUUAUUAGAUAUUUUUUGCUUUUCUAAUUGUUAGGAAAGGUGGUGUUGCCAUAUAUUCAAUAUUUGAAAAUUUUAAGCCUCCAUAAUUUUGUUACUUUUAGCCAUAGCUUUUGCAUUUCUAAGGUUAUUCUAACAUGAAAAAAAAAUUAUAAUAAAAAAUUAUAAUAAAAACGUUGUUAAUAAAAUAAA